UUCCCCCUAAUGGGGCUCAUCGGAAGGAGGCUCCAAAUAGAGAUGUGUUAUCAUUUGAAACUGGAGGUGUAGACUUUCAGUUCUCUGCCAGAAAUCGUCAUUUUGAAGAGAAAUGGCGCUGCAAUUAAGCGAUGUUUUUGUGACAACAGCUGUUUUUGAAGACCUAAAGAAGUAUUUGAGGCAUGGUAAUGACUUUUGCAGGGAUGUAUCAUCAAUAAUCAAUGAGAGGGUAAAGUUGGAGCAGACUUAUAGUGAUGGGCUUAGCAAGUUAGCUGUUAGGGCCAAGCGAGCAACAGGGGAAACUGCAGGUACACUACAUACAGCAUGGGAAAGUUUUGCAGCUCAAACUGAACAAGAAGCAGAAAUAAGAAAAUCAUUAGCUGGUGAUUUACUUGAGCAAAUUGUGAAGCCUUUCAAAGCUUUUAUAGACAAUCAAAGAGACACUAGAAAACAGCUGGAGCUGGUAGUGGAAAAAGCAGCCAAGACGCAUACGGACAAAAAGGCAGAUGAAUUAAAGGCUAAAAGAACUUCUUUUAAAGAAGCAAAAGAGUCUGAAUCACUCACGGUUCAAGUCGAAGCAGCAAGAAGCAGGACUACUAAUGAAAAGGAAUUAUCAAAACUUGAUGCGAAAUGUAGAAAAGCCGAAGAAAAUGUUAUCAAAUCCGAUAAGGAGCACAUACGGAGAGUAGUUGAAACUGAAAGGGCGCGGCUGGCACUUGAAUCUUCGUUGGCAAGCUCUUGCAGCGCCCUUCAAACACAAGAAGAAGAUAGAAUAAGCUACCUGAAAAACAUGCUUAAAGCAUAUGUAGAAUUUAUGAGUGACUGUGUUCCCAAAGUAUCUGAGUGUUUUGGCAAGCUAAGUGCAGAUACCGAGAAUAUGGAUUCAGCCGCAGAUAUCAACGAGCUGAUAAAAUCAAAAGGCUGCGAGAAACAGCCAGGGGAGCAAAUACUAUUCACAUGCUACGAAGCGGAUCUUAGCUGUCAGAUGGACGAACAACGACGUAAACUUGCUCUUGAAAGCAAAUACGAGCAAGUUCGAAAAGCGUUGAGAUCUGAGAAACAUGCAAGAUCAGGUCUUGGAAAACUGGCCUCUGUCUACCAAGAAACACCAAAGUUCGGUGGCUCCGACACAGUUGAUGACGUCUCUUUGCAAAUUGCGCACGCAAAUGCGGUUAUCGAUUGUCUGGAUGCAAGCCUGUACACGAUAAACUGUAGUCUUUCUCAAGUCAAUGGAUUACAGGCGCCUCAAUUUCGGCUUUCAGACUGCAUUCAGAAAACCAAAGACAAGCAGAAUUUACCUUUUUGGACGUUGAAAGUGCCGUUCGACAGAUUAACAAUUGGUAUUCCUGAUGAACUUGACGACGAAGAUUCGGCAAUGGCACAGUCUGUCCCACAUUGCUAUGAAUCAGAUGAAUUUGAAGACAUCGAGGAUGGGCAACCCCACGGAGCUGUAGCGGCCACAUCAGAGCAGACUAGCCGAGCGUCAAAGGAUUACGGAGGAAGAUGCCGAGCAAUAUACGACUACACUGCAGCUCGGGAUGAUGAAAUUACAAUUCAAUUAGGUGACGUCAUCGAUGUAAUUUCUCGUUCAGAUGGAGGCUGGUGGACUGGUACAGUAAAUGGUAUAACGGGGGUUUUUCCUGCAAAUUAUGUCGAAGAAAUUUGAAUUUUGCUAUUUUGAUAAAUUGCUAAUAUUUAGGCUCUAAAUUUAAGUGUAAUGUAAUGGCUCUUGCGCCAAUUAUUUUCCUCAAUUGAAGUAUUGCAUUCUAUUCAGAGUUAGAGUUUACACAUAAAGUAUUAAGUUUCGCAGCUGUAAAUAACGGAGCUUUGGUAACUAUUUUCUUAUAAUAUGGAUUUUCAUGAU